AUGGCAACGUUUGAUAUUUCUCCGCUUUUUCGUUCAAGCACCGUCGGCUUUGAUAGAGCUUUGAAUCAGCUGAAUACGGUGAUGAAUCUGGAUACCCCGGGUUUCCCUGCCUACGAUAUUUUACGUAUGGAUGAAGACGAUUUUCGGAUCAGUUUGGCGGUCCCGGGCUUUAACGAAGAAGACAUUACGGUGGAAACUCGUGAAGGUGCCAUCUGGAUCAAAGGCAAUCGUGAUGUUGACCUGAAUCACAACCGUUAUCUGUAUCGAGGUGUUGAUGUGCAGGGUUUCCAGAGAUCUUUCCAGCUGCCCGAACACGUCAAAGUGCGAGGCGCUCGCCUUGAAGCGGGCAUGCUGCAUAUCGAUUUAUACCGUGAACUUCCGGACGCACUGCGACCUCGUUCAGCAGUCGCAAUCUUUGCGCUGAUUGCAAGCCAUAGCGUGCUGGCUGAAAGUGAUGAAGCGCAAGCUGCGCAAUCCACCCCACAAGCGCAGUUGUCUGAAGACCAGUUAAGCCAGGGCAGUCUUGCAAAGCGCAGUGAUUCCGAAUUAACCGCGCUAACCGCCCAGUGGAGUCAACUGAGCCCUGAACAACGCCGCCGACUGCUGGCCGAAGUACGUGGCCGCAUGGUCAACAAUAACCAGCUGCGCCGCCCUCAGGGUGUCAUUGUGCAGCGCAGGUACGGGCGCGUAGUGCGUAAAUCGGACGGCUCUGUGGUCCUGCAGACACGGGUGGUUCAAAUUACGCCGCGCAACAAUCCUGAUCAGCAGGCUCAGUCGAACACGCCGCGAGUAACCUUCGGCAUAGGCUUUGAACAGCGUACACGAGCGCCUGGCCGCGUCGCCCAUGAGGCGCCGCAAUCGGAAGCGACACAACCUGUUGUUACGGCAUACUUAGAGCAGCAAGGCUUUCAAGUCGCCUGCGUCGAAUCCGGUGAAGCCAUGGACAGGUAUCUGGUUGAGCAUGAAGUUGACCUGCUGAUCUUAGAUCUGAUGUUGCCCGGUGAACACGGUCUGUCUAUCGCUCAGCGGAUGAAAAAACACUCCGACCUGCCCAUUAUCAUCGUUUCAGCGCAGGGCGAAGAUGUGGACCGAAUUGUCGGCCUGGAAGUGGGGGCUGAUGAUUAUCUGUCCAAACCGUUUAAUCCUCGCGAGCUGCUCGCCCGUGUGCGUGCGGUUCUGCGCCGUUCGUCCUCAUCGGGUGCCGGAGCAGAAGAAGUCGCUGCCACAGAAUUUGGCGUGUUUGCGUUAGAUACAAACGCCCAUCGGCUUACCAAAAAUGGUGAUACGGUGCCAUUAACUUCUGGCGAAUUUGAUCUGUUGUCAAUUUUGGUGGCCCAUCCGAAUAAAGUCCUCGACCGGGAUCGAAUUCUUGAUCUGCUGACGGGCGCUGAGCGCUCACCCUUUGAUCGCUCUAUUGAUGUACGCGUCACGCGUUUACGCUCAAAGAUUGCAAUGGCUGACAGUUCUGGCCUGCGUGGCCCGUCUUCCCUGCUGGUCCGCACAACCCUCAUUCUGGCAGUUGGCGCUCUGCUGAUUGUUGUUAUUGCAACGUUUGCCCUUUAUCUGUUUGUGAUCAGUCCCAUAACCGAGCAGUCGGCUGAUGAUGAAGCUGCUCUGCUGGUAUUAUCUGCUCAGACCUGGGUGGAGCUGCCGCCGGAGGCGCGGCCCUAUUUCGAACUCGAAAUGGCGGAAAGCCAUGAUCUGAUUAUCAGUGAGGCCCAUCAGGCACUGCCGGAAGUGGCCGGAUAUUCACAAUAUUUCGAAUUAUUGAAAACGGAGCUGUCUCUGCGCAUAGGCGAAGAGGUUGUGCUGCUUGAAGGUGACGAUCUGCUCUGGGUAGAUGUACCCAUGGGUGGGUUUGCCUUACAGAUCGGGUUUUCUCCCGAGCGUCGGGAAAUUCAGCCACUUUAUGUUGCCAUGGUGAUUGUCGGGCUGGGCGCGGGCAUUGUCUUUUUCACCUCGCUGUUUAUCGUGCGUCGGAUUGCGCGGCCGCUGGUCAAUGUUGCGCGACAAGCGGAAAGCUUUCGCGGUGCAACGCAGAUUGAGCCCCUGCCGGAAACAGGUCCAAGAGAGCUUGUUUCUCUGGCGCGUAACUUCAAUAUCAUGGCAUCUGAAAUUGGUUUGCUGCUCACGAACAGAACCACGUUGCUGGCCGGAAUAUCUCAUGAUCUGCGCACCCCGCUGACACGCAUGCGCCUGGCGCUGGCGUUGCUGCCGGACAAUGUAGAUCCCCAGCUGGUCAGUCGCUUCGAACGUAAUCUGGAAUCCAUGGAUGAGUUGAUCAGCGAUGCCCUGAGGUUUGCGCGUGGCACCGGAGAAGUGCCGCAGGAAAUUGAGCUGCUGCCGUUUGUGCAGGAAAUUCUCGCCACCUUUGAGCGGAACAUUACAGCAGACCUGCGUAUCCCUGGUGAAUUCAGGAUAAAACUUCCGCCCAGUGCGUUCCGGCGGGUUUUGAUCAAUUUGAUUGCCAACGGUUUUCAGCAUGGCGGUAACGUCUCAGUGGUUGCCACCACCAACGAGAUACAGGUGAUCGACGACGGACCUGGAAUACCGGAGGAGUUUCGCGAACAGGUGUUCCAGCCCUUUUUCCGUCUGGAUAGUUCACGUAGUGCAACCACCGGUGGUAGCGGCCUGGGAUUGGCCAUUGUGCAGCAGCUGUGUCAGGCGCAUCAGUGGCAUGUGGGUAUUGAUAAUGGUCCGCACGGUGGUGCUCGGGUGACCUUGAAAUUUGUAUCAGCAGCUUGA